AUGGGUUCUACGGGCCGGAAAGCCGUGGACGAAAUUAACCACUGGAUCGCUUACAUCGACUGCGCCCUUUCCCACCCGCACCCGCUUCCAAAAGGAAAACACAUUUUUCGUAGCGAUCUCAGUACUGUCCCGGAGGUGCGUGACAUCUACGACUGCUUGUACAAAUUGUACACAGAGGAGACUGCGUCGGCGCCCUUCAGGGAGCCAGUACACGCACUGGAUUUGGGUGUUUUCAACUACUACGAGGUGGUCAAGGAGCCCAUGUCGCUGCGAACCGUGUUGGAUCGCAUUGCCGAGGGUGGCCACUACUCCCAGGCUUCUCAGGUGUUAGCGGAUGUGGAAAAAAUUUGGAGCAACUGUGAGAAGUUUAACGGUGUUGACUCCGCACUUGCCGCAGACGCCAAAAAAUGUCAGGGGAUACUGACAAGGCUGCGGGAGCGACUGGCGGACGAGCAGCCGGCACCAAAUGCGGAGGUGGAUAAAGUAAUUAACGCCUUUGAGAGUGUGGAUGAGUCCGUUCUGGGUGCACUAGAGGAUUACUUCCGUAGGGAGGAUCCUUCACUUAUUCUGAGCAACGGGGACGUGGAUGUGGAGGCGCUGCGGGUUAAGCACCUGCGGGCCAUGAAAGCCAUUCUUGAGCGUGCGAUGAACGGCGGUGGUCUGUGA